AUGGAAAAACCUAGAAAACGACCAUUUCAACUGGAUGGGCCUUUGCACAUGACAAAACUUCCAGAAUAUAAUGGUCUAAAAGAUCCAAAUUUAGGACACUUUUUUGCAUCCCCUCAGAGGUUUAAAACGUUGGUUAAGCAAAACCUUGUAAAAUUAAUAUAGAUCAAUAAUCAAGGAGUAAUAAAUGAUAGUGUUUGUAAGGCAAGGAUUAUUUGCACUCCAAUAAGAAGGAGAAGUAAAGAUCAAAAUUCAACAUUCAACAAGCCUUAUACUUUGCCUCCAACCAAAAAGUGAUUUAAGAAAAUAGAUAUGAAAUUCCCAAAAAUUACAUCAAAAGAGCUGAGAGAAGUAAUUAAUAGGCAUCGAAAAGAAGUAACAUUUCAGGAAAAAUCAAUAAGUGGUAAUGAAGGAUUAAAAACAAGCAGUAGCUUUACAUAA